AUCAGUUUCUCCAGUGAAGGGAGCAGCUGGCUCCGCACAAAAAUGCAGCUUUUCACCAGCUCCCGUGCAAUAAUCGGGUAAACCACAGUUUUUGUUAAAGCUCUAAGCUCAAACAUGUUCCCCUGUUAGCGUGAUCCAUGGAUUUUUGGAUCUUCUCGGCCUUGAGUGGGCGAGCAAAAGCGAGGAGCACCACCAGUGUCGCCAAAUAUGAUGCCAUCUCUGUGGUAGGAUGAGAAGUCCAGUGCCGCGUUUCAGGGACGUCGAGAGGCAGGCCAGUGGCCUGCAGCCUGUACAGUGUCUUCCUCCCUGUCAUGAGCGACAGAAUAUCAUGUGGUUCAUCAAAGAUGCCUGCGGCAUAGUUUGUGCGAUCAUCACCUGGCUUCUCGUCUUCUUUGCUGAGUUUGUUGUGCUGUUCGUCAUGCUGAUUCCAUCGAAGAACCUCACCUACAGCCUGGUGAAUGGCACACUCUUCAACAGCCUGGCCUUCCUCGCCUUGGCAUCUCAUUUCAGAGCCAUGUGCACUGACCCGGGAGCCGUGCCAAAGGGCAACGCCACAAAGGAGUACAUCGAGAGCUUGCAGCUGAAGCCAGGCCAGGUGGUUUACAAAUGUCCCAAGUGCUGCAGUAUUAAGCCGGAUAGAGCUCACCACUGCAGUGUUUGUAAGCGUUGUAUACGGAAGAUGGAUCAUCAUUGCCCUUGGGUAAACAAUUGUGUCGGGGAAAAUAACCAGAAGUACUUUGUGCUUUUCACAAUGUACAUUUCCCUGAUCUCUCUGCAUGCCUUGGUCAUGGUGGUCUUUCAUUUUCUCUACUGCUUUGAAGAUGACUGGACAAAGUGCAGCACCUUCUCCCCUCCAUCCACUGUCAUCCUCCUCAUCCUCCUGUGCUUUGAGAGCCUCCUCUUCCUCAUCUUCACCUCUGUGAUGUUUGGAACUCAAAUCCAUUCCAUCUGCACAGAUGAGACGGGCAUAGAGCAGUUGAAAAAGGAAGAGAGAAGAUGGGCUAAAAAAACAAAAUGGAUGAACAUGAAGGCGGUAUUCGGACACCCCUUCUCGAUAGCAUGGUUAAGCCCGUUUUCCACACCUGACCAUGGGAAGGCUGACCCCUACCAGUAUGUGGUCUGAGCUCAGGAAGCUUUAAGCUAGAGACUCGAGUGCACUUGGACUGUCUUUAUAAACAGCAUCUUUUCAUUUGUUUGUAAUCCCGACUCAAACGGAGCAUUUACCAGUGAGACUAAAUCACCUUCAUCUUCUUUUUUUUUUUCAGGGAACAAAUCAUUGCAUAUCCAAUUAUCCUUGCCUCUAUUUAUUUUAAUUCAGAACAGAAAGUGGAUGCUUUAUCAUGGCAUAAUCUCAAGCAUCUCUGCCUAGCUACACCGAAAUGAAGAUGAAUGUUGCGCAGAUAAUAGAAGCCAAUUUAUGCUAAUAUAACCACUAUUGUAAUCUUGCCAGACUGUCCACAAUGAUAACCUACUUUCUGAAGGUACUUUUAAACAAUCUGUUGUUAUUUUUUUUAUAUAUAUACCUAGCUACAGUAUAAGAGCACUGACAACCAUUCAAUAAAAUGGUUUAUUAUGCUGACGAAAAAACAUUUAAGGGCAGUUUUUACCAAGGAUGACAACUGUAAUGAUAACUAAAAAUCAUUAUGGGAGAGUAGUGAAGUCCACACUACGUCUACUUUCUAACAAUAACGACACUGAGGAACAAUGUCAUUGAAAUCAAUCUCAGAACAAUUUUUUUCCAGCUCAUGAAUUAUUAAAAACAGUGGCAGCCAAUCAGAAUGCUCGAGCAUUUAUAAGCACUGCUGUUAAGGACAUAUAGUUAUAGUUAUCCUUAUAUUUAUCAUUCUUGGUGUAAACAGGCUUUAACAUUUUUGACACUGGCAGUAUACAAAAUAUAAAAAGUAUAUAAACAAUAUAGUAAGUUUAACGGGUGUAAAUAUGUUCUGACAAAGCUUGGAUUCAAGUGAUUCUAUACUAAAUGAUGCCGUCGUGACAUUUGAUUAUAAAUUGCUUUGAUUAUUUUUAAAAAUGGUAAUAAACAGAAAUGUAAUUAAAGAGACAGUAAUGGCAAAUAUGGAUAAAGCGAUACACUGUUUUACAUUCACAAGUAUUAUAGAACAGAAUUGAUCUAUUAUUAACUUCCAUAAUCAGUGCAUUGUCAGCUCAUUUCUACACCCCUGAUUCUUAACAUUGAAAAUAAAUAAAUUGAAAUGAUAAUUACUUUAUAAAUGUAAAGAAUGUGUUUUGAGAUAUUAUGAGUACAUUUGCUGUUACACAUAAGAUUUUGAGUGAUAACAGUACUGAUGUUACUCAGCUGCCCUAUCAGAUUUACUUCCUAUACUCAAUAUACACUCUGUACUUUUUUUUAGAGCUGAUUUACUUGGUAUGUUUCCAUAAACUUGGUUUGCAGAAAUGUUUAAGAAAGGAACAGGCUUAAAAAAAACUGUAUGUUUUUGAAAACUUUAUUGAUUUACCAUUGUUGCCAUUGUUUUGGUUAAUUGCAUUUUACAUUUUAUUAAUAUACAUUUUUGUUAUGAUGAACGGAUGAUAUGUGCUUGAACUUUUAGGUGUGUAUGAAACAGACAAUCGUUGUGUUCUUCUUUGACAAAUGGUAAAUCAUUAAAAACCGGAACACUCUGUCAUUAGUGCUUUAUGUGACAAUGUGUCAAAGUGUCUGACAGUACAUCUCCUAAAUGCACAAACAUAUGUGAAUCCAGUCUAAUGACAUGAAAAUC